GUUGUUUUGAUUUGAACCAGACUGAACAUAUUUUUAAAAUAAGUUCAAAACAAGUUGUAACACACAAUGUCUGAAAAUGAAACUCUUAUUUUACUUGAUUUUAAGGAUAAUUUAACAAAUAAAACUUUUGAAAAAGAAACUUUCAUUCGUGUGGCCAACUUACACAAGAAAAAUCCACUUGUUCAAAUUAAUGAUACAAUUUUUGAAGGUAAAUAUGAUCAUGCAAUGGGUACAAAUUUAUUUUUCGAAGAAAUUCAAGAUGUUCCUCCAGCAUAUGACCCUUUUUUUAAAAGAAAGCCAAACCAAUAUGAGUGUACAUUCCAUGGAAUAAAAACUAUAAAUUUAAAGCAAAUGAAAAUUCCACCUCCCAAAGUAGAAAAAAGUGAAAUCACAAAAGAUAUUGAAUUUAAUUUAGAUUGGGAUUAUAAUACACUUUUACAGAAGUUUUCUGAUGGUGUUUUAACACUACAUGACAUUAUAAAGAAGAAGGACAAUGAUGAUGAUCAAAACGAAAAACAAUCAGAUGUUAACAUCACAUCAAAUAAGAGAAAUGAUUUACAAGAAAAUGUAAGAUCUAAACAACCAAUACAUGACAGUGAAGCAAUGGAAAUAGAAGACCAAGAUAAUCAUAUACUAGCUGAAACACUGGCUAAUAGUGCUACUCAAGAUUUAAUAACCUAUGGUGAUGACAUAAAUAAUGAACAAAUUUUGGAAGAUAUAGAUGCUACAAACCUCCUUCAUGAUUAUGAAAAACUUAGAAAGCUUGCUUUUCGUCCAGUCAAAAGGAAACCUGUACUGGAUCAAAUGGCUGAGUGUGAUCCAAAAUACAGAGAAGCUUACGAAUAUCAUAAUUUGGAAAAACAGAUAUUACAACCUUGUGAUUUCUUCGUCAAAGAGCCAGUCAGUAAUAUAAAUGAAGAGACUCUCUCAAACUGUGUAGAUAUUGAUCGAUGUGUUCUUUAUGGUAUACUAGAAAAAUCUGCAACAAAAUCUAGAGUACUGACAAAACAAGAAAAACAGAAUGUUUUAGCUUUAGAUAAUUUUGAUAAUCUAUCAUUGGUUGGUCGAUAUUAUGUUUUAAAAAUGCAGGUGGAAAGUUUAGAAAAAUACUUUGAAGGUAAAAAUGUUGCAGACCUUAAUAGAAAAGAUAAAUAUGGAAGAACAUUUUUACAAACACUUGAAAUUUAUAAGAGGUUAUCUGAGAGGGUAAAGAAUCGCAUUGAAGAAAUAAAAAGUAGUUUAGAUGAAAGACAGGUUAAAGUUGAAGUACAAGAUGAGGAGCCAGGACCAAGUACAAGUAAUGGUUGAUAUCAGUAUGAGUUUCAAAAGUGAAAUGAGAUAAUAGGCUGUGGUGCUGAGAAUAUGUUUUAGAAAAAGAUAUAUGCUCUUAAUGUAUACUAUAUAACUAUGUGUAAUUUUAAUAAACUAUGUGUAAAU